AUGAACAAUUCAUCAUUUUCAUCCAAUAUUAAUAAUAAUAAUAACGACGAUAAAAAAGAAAAUACUAACAAUACUCAUGAUGUUAUCUCUGAAAAUCGAGCUGAUGAACUCACAUUAAGGUUUGAAGACAUAUUAUUUAAAAAAAAAAAAUAAUAAAAUAAUUUUUUUCUUCUAAAGGAAUGGUA